CAGGUGGAAGAAUCUGAAGCCUUUAUCCUCUGUCCAGCUCUGCAGGUCGGGAGCCCCUGGUUCCAGCCCUCUCCUCACUCCCACCUGCCAACCUGUCUGAUAUGUCGGGACCCGUGCCGAGCAGGGCCAGGGUUUACACGGAUGUGAACACACACAGACCCCGGGAGUACUGGGACUAUGAGUCACAUGUUGUUGAGUGGGGAAAUCAAGAUGACUACCAGCUAGUUCGAAAAUUAGGCCGAGGCAAAUACAGUGAAGUGUUUGAAGCCAUCAACAUCACAAAUAAUGAAAAAGUAGUUGUUAAAAUUCUCAAGCCUGUUAAAAAGAAGAAAAUCAAGCGUGAAAUCAAGAUCUUAGAGAACUUGCGAGGAGGUCCCAAUAUAAUCACCCUUGCAGAUAUAGUAAAAGAUCCUGUGUCUCGGACACCUGCUCUGGUAUUUGAACAUGUAAACAACACAGACUUUAAGCAAUUAUACCAGACAUUAACGGAUUAUGAUAUUCGAUUCUAUAUGUAUGAGAUUUUGAAGGCUCUAGAUUACUGCCAUAGCAUGGGAAUCAUGCACAGAGAUGUCAAACCUCACAACGUCAUGAUUGACCACGAGCACAGAAAGCUUAGACUAAUAGACUGGGGGUUGGCUGAGUUCUAUCACCCUGGCCAAGAGUACAAUGUCAGAGUGGCUUCCAGAUAUUUCAAAGGACCUGAACUCCUUGUAGAUUAUCAGAUGUAUGAUUACAGUCUGGAUAUGUGGAGCUUGGGUUGCAUGUUGGCUAGUAUGAUAUUCCGAAAGGAGCCAUUUUUCCAUGGCCAUGACAACUAUGAUCAGCUGGUGAGGAUAGCCAAGGUGCUGGGAACAGAAGAUCUGUAUGACUACAUUGACAAAUACAACAUCGAACUGGACCCACGUUUCAAUGACAUCUUGGGCAGACACUCCCGUAAGCGAUGGGAGCGCUUUGUCCACAGUGAGAACCAGCACCUGGUGAGCCCAGAAGCUCUGGAUUUCUUAGACAAGCUGUUGCGAUACGAUCACCAGUCGCGACUCACAGCAAGAGAAGCCAUGGAACACCCCUACUUCUAUCCCAUCGUGAAAGACCAAGCUCGGAUGGGCUCGUCCAACAUGGCGGGUGGCAGCACUCCUGUCAGCAGUGCCAGUAUGAUGUCAGGUCAGAACAGGUCUUUCAUCUCAGCCUGUUCUGGGAUUUCUUCAGUGCCAACACCUUCACCCCUCGGACCUCUAGCAGGCUCACCCGUCAUCUCUGCCACCACCACGCUGGGGAUGCCUGUUCCAGCUGCUGCCGGGGCUCAGCAGUAGGGUGGGCUCAGUCUCCUGCUGCCUGGGCUGAGGAGGGUGGGGAUGAGGUUCCCCCCACAGCUCUGCUCAGGGGGCAGCUCGUGCCUGGCAGGGGAAGGGAGGGGAUGAAGCUUUGGAGGCACCGUGUCUGAACUGUUGCUUGUGGAUUUAUAGUAGUUCAGUCAUUAUAUACAAAAUUAUUAUAGGCUGA